GGAGAGUCUGCCGGAGAAGGAUCAACGGCUUUAUGGAGUAUAGCUGAUCGAGGAAUGUGAAGAAGAAGAGAGACGAAGAGUGAAAUGAGUUCUCCACACCCUGGGUCUGACAGGAAACCAGUGAACUGUGGAGAGAAGCGAGAGGACAGGGAGGAGGCGGCUUGGUGUCGAUGAGAGCAUGGAGCAACGGGAGAUGAAUGAAGAUGUUUGGGUGCUGAGCCUUGAAGAAGAGGAGGACGAGCAGGAGGAGCAGGAGGAGCAGGAGGUCUCGGACACUGAGGAUGAAGAGGAGCAAGGCUGCACUCCACUUAUCACAGCCUGUAGUAAAGGCUGGACUGAGGUGGUGCAGCGGUUGAUGAGGACAGGGGCCGAUGUGACCCUGUGUAACCGCAGCCAGGAGACAGCGCUCCACGUCCUCCCUGCUGAGCUCCAGGGGAAAGUGCUGGGGUGGAUGACGAGGCCCCAUCUGCCCCCCCAGGCCCGGCUGCUGCAGGCCUCCUGGCAGGGAGACAUGCACACCUUACAGCAGCUGCUGUCAGACGGUUUGGAUGUGGACGUUCCAAACAGGGACAGUGUGACGGCGGUGAUGCUCGCUGUCCGGGACAUUGACCUCUUUCAGAGCAUGGUGACGCCGCUGCCUUGGGACCACAGACCUGUGGAGGUGGUGAGGACGCUGCUGGGACGUUCAGCUGAUCUGCAGGUACGAGACCAGAGUGGCUGCUCUGCUCUCCACUACGCUGCGAGCAUCCACAGCCCCCUGAAGGAGGAGAUCAUUCAUAUGAUGGUUGAGAGCCUGCAUCACACAGAUGCAGCCCCCGGGUCACCGUUGUCCUCUGACGAAUCCUCGUUCCAGGAUCUAGACUCAGAGUUUGAGGAUUCGGACAUAGAGCUGGACAUCGAGAGUCUUCGUCCUCCUCCGUCGACAGCAGCCUCCCCUACUCCGACACACAGCCUUCAGCUGCCCGGCCCACUGUACAGCCACACCGGGGAAGUGCUGGAGUCUCCAGGGUGCCCUCCUCCGUCUGACAAUCAUAAAGAUCUCAGCCAAGAUAAGGGGAUCCCCCUGUGUUUCCAAAACGCCAUGGACACGCUGAGAGACAUCAGGCUAGCCUACCAGGACGCAGGGAAAGGAGGCAGCAGAGGUUUGUCUCUGCCGAGCCUGGACAACAGCAGCAGGCGCUUGAGCCACGUGGAUCCUGCUGCCUCGUGUGGUUUGAUGAGAACCAGGACUCCCUGCAUCCCAGCCCCCCCUACUCCCAGGCCGAGGACCAGGAGUGUGGUAGUAGCUGCUUGCCCAUCCUCCCCCGGCCGGCUGUCGGUGGCAGAGCCCAGCCAGCUCAGCCGGUCGGCCCCCAGCCUCAUGGAACCACUACUGUGCUCCAACACUAUGAUGCAGGCCAGGGCCCACAUCCAGACCCGACUUGGUUCUCAAGAUACUGUUCAUGAACAAAAGGGUCCCUUUCCGGCUCUGAACCCUCGAACACCGAAGCUGUUGGCUCCGCUGAGCAGCAGACCCAGGGACGGUGCAGCUCUGCCAGUACUGAGGCACCGUGUUCCCCUGAAGCCCAUCAGCCGGAGCCCCCUUUGCUCCAGGGCCUGGCUGGGGAGAGGGCGGCUGUUCCGGGGCAGCCCACGCGCUGGCAGUGAGGAGAGCGUGUCCAGCAGCAGUUCAAUUGAUCUGGAGGAUGACGAGAGGGAUACUCAGGAGAGAUCUUCAGAGGGGAGCACUCUGAAGUUUGAUGGAGACACGGUGUUGCAGCUUUCGAAGGAUGGGAUCCCCACGGAUUUGGUUGAGGAGACCAGGCGGCAUUUUAAAGUUCAGUCGAGAAUCACUCAGAUUCCAUUGAUCAACAGAUCAGCACAGAACAUGGAUGGGGACCCUAUCCACCACGAAGGUGAUCUCAGCACUGAAAGAACAACAAACUCUUAUUGUGAAGGCAAAAUAAAUAUGAUUUAUGCAAAGGAGCAUGUCUACAAUCAUAGCUUUAAAAAAUCGAACUAUGCAACACAAAGUGACACUGGGAACAAUCAAAUGCCAAUCACAUCAGAGUCUGAGGAGAAGAACCACGCAGGCUGCACUUCAGACCCUGAAGGUGGCAUUACCCGUGAAAUUAUAUCUGAUAUGAAUGAUGACCAGGGUGAUGCUGCUGCAGGAUCUGGAGGGUAUCACAGAAAAGAACUGAAGCAUGUACAAAAGACAGAAGUGACAAUGAAGGAUUCCUCUGAUGAAGAAACCCAGGUAGGUCAUCAAAUCCUCUGUCACGCUGAGCUGAUAGAUUUGAAUAUCAGCUCUGCUGUGGGGGAGAUGCAGCUCUUUAAAGCAGGAGUAAACAGUCCAGUGUCAAAUGGGGAUUCAAAGACAGAUAAAAAGAUGGUGAAAGUCUUAAACGCUGUCCAGAGCAAGGAGACAACAACCGGCAUGACCAGUGAACAAAGAGCAAAUCAUCAAACAACCCAGUUCUUCAAUCUUCGAGCACAUAAAGAGCGAAGUAUCAUUAGUCGGAACAAGUCCAAAACUAAUCUGAAGUGCCCCUCCACACAAGUCAAGGAUAAAACCAGGAAAAGCCCCGAGCUAAUACUUAGUGGAGAGGCCUCAGUCAAAGUCAAAUCAAAGCCAAACCCUGUGAAAGGUUCUCAUCGUUGCUCUGACACCCCAUCGCCACGAAAGAAGGUUGUUGAUCACCCACAGAGCAGAAGAGCAAAUCCGGACAAGUCAAACAUCAGCAGAGCUCAACCGACCGGGCGGGAGCUGAAGAGCACGAGGCAGCAGAAGAGACUCAGUGCAGCCGGGACAACAAGGUCGAAAUCUGCACUGGACUUCCUCACCUACAAAGACAUGUUUCAGCAGAUACAGAGCGGGGAAGGAGGGCCCGCCAUCUACGAGAUGUUUGCUGGUCCUAUCUAUGAGAACCUGAGGGUUUCCAGCUCCUGUGAAAAAACCAAGGACAGACAAGUGCAGUCUGCGCCGCCCAGGAAGGUGCAGCAGUCGCCGAAAGUCAAACAGAGACCCUCGAAACAACCCCAGUGUAAAAUGAGGAGAAGCCCGGGAGAGAAUAUGGUGAUUUCAACUAAAAGCAAACCGAGACUCACGUCCUCCAGGGUGAGACCUCACCUCACAUCUCCGUCAAGGAAGGAGAAAACAACUAAACUAGACUCAAAGUUAGUUCUUUCAAAUAAUGGUGAGGCUUAUCACACUCGUGCUGAAGAAAAGGCUGCAGAUCAAAUCUUAUCUACCAUCGUGGAGGCUCUUUCAAGAUAUGACACUGAAACUUUAAAACCUGACGACAAAACACUGACAAUGGCCACAACUUCAUCUAUUGCUAAAGAUAGCCAUGCGUCCAUGUAUAUGCAAGAAUUCCCUGCUGCUAGGACAUCUUCUAGCAGCAGCAGCAACACUAUCGUGUCCCCAGUUUACCAGAAGUUUCUGGAUGAAGUCGGGGACGGCCCGCUUACCGAUGACCUGCUGCAAUGUCUGGCUGAGGAGCUAAUCUCACUGGAUGAGAGGGAUGUAUCCUUAGACCCAUGUUCAGAAAACCUGGAAUCCAGCAAAGGAGAGUCGGUCAGAGAAGAUCUUGCAACAGGGAAAAACGUGUUUCCAGAGGAUAUUUCAGCAAACUUUGCAGUUUUGCUUGGCUCUGGGGGGGCUGAUGAUGACACCAUCACGUGGACAAAGGGUGAGGUGCUCGGCCGAGGAGCCUACGGGACAGUGUACUGUGGCCUGACCAGCCAGGGCAAGCUGAUAGCAGUGAAACAGGUCAGUCUGGACACGUCUGACCCCGAAGCAGCAAAGAGCGAGUACGGCCACCUGCAGGGGGAGGUGGAUCUGCUCAAGGCCCUCAGCCACAUCAACAUCGUGGGCUUCCUGGGGACCCGUCUUUAUCGGCACAUGGUUUCCAUCUUCAUGGAGUAUGUUCCAGGAGGAUCCAUCUCCAGCAUCCUUCACAGGUUCGGUCCUCUGCCCGAGCGAGUCCUAGCUCUGUACACCCAUCAGAUCCUGGAAGGGGUGGCCUACCUCCACCUGAACAGGGUGGUUCAUCGCGACUUAAAGGGAAACAACGUCAUGCUGAUGCCCACUGGCGUCAUCAAGCUCAUAGACUUUGGGUGCGCACGACGUCUCAGCUGCCUGAACCACACCGCAAGCAGUAGUGUGGACCUGCUGAAGUCCGUCCACGGCACACCUUACUGGAUGGCACCAGAGGUAAUCAAUGAUACGGGAUACGGCAGGAAGUCCGAUAUCUGGAGUGUCGGCUGCACAGUGUUUGAGAUGGCCACAGGGAAACCGCCACUGGCCCACAUGGACAAGAUGGCGGCCUUGUUCUACAUUGGAUCUGAAAGGGGUUCGAUGCCCUCCUUACCGGAUGGGUUCUCAGAUAAUGCCAGGGAUUUUGUAAAAAACAGCUUGACAAGUGACCAGAGACUACGGCCGUCUGCAGACGAGCUCCUGACGCAUCCAUUCAUCCCCAAAAAUGAGACUGGAGUGAACCCUUGGGAAAAAACGAAAAAGAACUGCUGUGGUCACCCAGCGGGACACUGUGCUUAACAUGGAGUUACACUCUAACACAACACAGCCCAGUUGGACAGUUGUUUGUGGAAGUUAGGUUGAAGAAUCAGGACACUUGAGGUUUUGUUGCGAUCCUUGAAGAGCCCGUCACCUUUCCCUGCUUUCUGUUUGGGAGCGUGGGGCUUUACUUUGUUAAGCUGAAUUUUAAAUGGACCUACACAAGAAGCACAUUCAUUCAUUUCACUUAGCAUCUUGACAGAAAUGAAAAUAGAUGACAAUUUACCUAUAGAUAUUGGUCUUUCUUAUGAAUGUGCCAAAUAACCAUAAUUUUACGUUACAUGCAUUUAACUCAAGUCUCCGGCAUAUUUAGGUUCUUGUAGAUUCAACCACUACAACUGGAUCCGUUUUGCAUCAUAAACCAAUUUCCAUAAAAUUUAUUUACAGUGUUUACUAGCUCCUCUGAUGAGAUUUUAGGGCUUGUGGCAAGAACCUUUCAUUAUCUAAAGCUACUGUACAGGCACCAGUCCUCGUGUGGAAAUUCACAAAUCCUUAGAGUAUAGCAUAGAUAUAUAUAUAUAUAUAUACACACACACACAUCUUCAAUAAAAUGACAGCAACAAGAUUAUAUACUGUAAGGAUAACAGCAAGUUUAAAGUUUAUUUGUAAUACUGAAUUGAAAUGAAAAAAUAAUGUUAAGAGUGGCAUAUGCGCAUUUGUCCACAACUGUUGUUCCGUGUGCCCGACUGUAAAAUCCCUAAUGAAGGUAGAAAACAAUCCAGCCUUAGCCUUGUUAGUCUUUACGUGCGCUCUACAAGUAAAUGAGUAACCGAGUCUGAAACAAGAGGAGACUGGAUCAUGUCAAGAUUUUAGAGUAGAGCUCAAGGUAUAAAACUGAUGUAAAGACAUGUCCGGAAAGGUACGUGGCUAUAAUAUAUUCAACCACCUGGAUGAGGAUGUCAGCGACAGGGGGGGGGGGGGGGGGGACAUGUCCAUAUUGCAGAUACUUGGAUCCAAGCUUUCUCUCAUAUGGCAAAUCAGUCACUGUUCUGGAAUGGAAAGAACCAUAAUUUGUUUUUUUCUCUCCUAACAAGUACAGUAAAUGGCUGAUUGAAUGAUACAAGUAUCCCUUGUAUGCACUCAAAUCUAAGGGGCUACAGCCUCAUGUCAUGGAAUAAUGUCUGAUGCACUUCAAAAUAAAAAGGAUUAUGUAAACUAUAA